UCAUAUUCUAAAAAAAUAAUAUUAAUAAAUUAUUCAGAUUUUAAAUUUAUCGAGUGAAAUAGCAUUGUAAAAGUCAAAUGUCAAUUCAUCUAGUCAAUAGUAAAUGUCAUUGUCAUUGUCAUAUUAAUUGUUUAUGUGACGUGUACUUACUACUUGCGGUUGUUACAGGAAUUAAACUAUAAAAAAUGAUUACGGACGUCCAGCUGGCUGUGUUCUCGAACAUUCUAGGCGUAUCAAUUUUCUUACUGGUGAUCCUUUAUCACUAUAUCAGCGCAAACAGUUCAAAAUAAAAAUGGUACAAUCUAAGAAGAACCUGUUAUUUUGGAUUACCACAAAACAUACCUAUAUAAAAAUAAGAUGUUAAAUAAAAUAAGAUACAGCUA